UUUACUUUCUCAUGCUCGCAUGGGUCGUAACAAUACCGGCGACCGCUUAAAGUGGUUAAGCACAGACGCGGCUUUUGAUGUCCUACCAUCUUUCCGUAUAUAGGCUUAAUCCGCGGAAAACAGAUUGCUAUUUACUUCCGAAGUAGACAAAGGCUGCUGCCACAAAGCAGCGGUCACCACUGCGGUCAGCCUCUGCUCAGUUAUAAAUUGGGCGUUUGUUGGGCGGCGACUGGUCGACUGCUAGAGAAGUUAUUGCGACAUGUCAAAAGAAAGGCGCCCUAUGGGUUUCUUUGAGCCCUUCAACAGAUGGUGGAGCGACUUCUACAACCAGAAUGGGCGGCGCCCAACGAAGGCAGACAUAGAGACCUGGCGUGCGGAGAACCUUUCAUGGAGGCCCGAGCUGACCAUGGAAGAGAUUUUGCACCACUCCAAGGGACGCCGGGAUCCAGAGAGAAACAGGUCUUACUUCGUAGAGUAUCGGCGGAAAGUGAGAGCCAGCGCUAAGACGCCAGCUAGCAAACCCUUACUUCAGCGAAGCACAGCAGGGGUCGCGGACCCGACAUCCGUCUCCGACAACAUGGUUUGCGUGGCGGCUCCUGCAUCCAGCUGCGCGCAGGGUCUCGUCUCGAACAUUCCGCAUGCGCCGCCGGCCCCGGAGCUUCGGCUGCUCAGCAGUACUUGCUGUACCACCGCCGAGGAUGCUGUGACAACCAGCAAACGGACGCAGCCCGGCGAUGCGGAUUGUGCGGCUGGCACCGAGCCGGCUGCCCCUGCCAGCGACUGCAUACUUCAAACUUUUCCUUCCAACCCUGCCGGUUGCCCAGGGGCUGCUCCUAACGACAAGCCUGCCACUGCUCAAGCCGUCGACUCCGGACCUGUCGUCGUCCCCAGCGUUCCUGAGAACCCGGGCGCCGAGCUUAAGGCAGCUGACAGAACCACACGUUCCACCUCACCUACGCCAGCUGCAAUCAUGCUAACAGUGCGGCGAACGCGA